CUCGCCGAAAAGGGAUGAGUGGGUGGAUGUGGGCUUGGAGUUACCCCAGUGUGUGUAGGGCUGGGGAAACUGAGUCUCGUGUUUGCAAAAGAUGUCGCUCCUCACAAGUCCUUCCCCUUCCAGGCUCGGGAGCAGGACAGGAAGGCGCUCAACACCUUUUACCCUCAGCCUCACUGUCAGCCACGCCAGGGCAGCUUCUGGGCGCUCCCCGGCGUCGGUGGGUGUUAGGGCCUUGGCGGCUCGCUGCCCUCUUCCAAGAUGGCCGCCGCCGCCUCUGUGACAGGCCUGGUCACGUGGCGCGCUCGCUUGUGAGGUCGCGGUGCCCCGGCGGGCGAUUGUCCCUUCCCGGGCCCCGUCCCGAGGCGGCGACUAUCCCUGUCAACCGGAGCCUGAGCGAUCAUGGCAACGGGCUCGGGCGGGGAGCGCGUGGCGGCGGCGGCGGCGGCGGUUUGGUCGCGGGCCGGGGCGGCGGAGCGGCGGCGGCGGCGGUGGCUGUGGCGCCGGCACCGACCCUGAGCGCCAUGUGGCGCAGCAGCCCCGAGCGGGAGCUGGCGGCCAGCUGGGAGGCGGACGCGGCGGCGGGCAGGGCGCCCGCGGCGGAGGCGGGCGAGCCGCCGCGCGUGGACGCGGGCGCGGCCGGGGAGCCCGAGCGCCCGGCGCGCGAGGAGCAGCCCAAGGCCGUGCUCCAGGCCCCCGCGCGACCCCGCGCGGCCGAGGAAGGCGAUGCCCGCGUCGCCCGGCGCCUGCCGCCCGCGCUGCCCCUGGCCCCGCCGCGGCCGGCGGCGCGGGCCCUGUGCCAGCUCGCCAGGGCCCGGGGCCGGGGCCGGGGCUACCGGCGCGGCUCGGGCUCGCUGCGGCCGGUCACCGUGGACAGCUCCAAGGCUCGCACCUCCCUGGACGCGCUGAAGAUCAGCCUUCGCCAGCUCAGGUGGAAGGAGUUCCCAUUUGGCCGGCGCUUGCCUUGUGACAUCUACUGGCACGGAGUUUCAUUUCACGACAAUGACAUACUCUCCGGUCAAGUGAACAAAUUCCCAGGCAUGACGGAGAUGGUGCGUAAAAUCACUCUGAGCAGAGCGCUGAGAAUCAUGCAGAACCUGUUUCCAGAGGAGUACAACUUCUACCCUCGCUCGUGGAUUCUGCCUGAGGAGUUCCAGCUCUUUGUCGCUCAGGUCCGGAUGGUGAAAGAUGGUGACCCGUCCUGGAAGCCCACUUUUAUUGUGAAACCGGAUGGUGGUUGUCAGGGUGAUGGAAUCUACCUCAUUAAAGAUCCCAAUGACAUCCGCCUGACUGGGACCCUGCAGAGCAGGCCAGCAGUAGUCCAGGAGUACAUUUAUAAGCCUCUCCUUAUUGACAAGCUCAAGUUCGACAUCCGUCUGUACGUCUUGCUGAAGUCAUUGGACCCCUUAGAGAUUUAUAUAGCCAAAGAUGGACUCUCUAGAUUUUGUACAGAGCCAUAUCAAGAGCCGAACCCCCAGAAUCUGCACCAUGUCUUCAUGCACUUGACCAACUACUCGCUGAACAUCCACAGUGGCAAGUUCAUCCACUCUGACAGCACCAGCACAGGCAGCAAGAGGACUUUUUCGAGCAUCCUCUGCAGACUCUCCUCCAAAGGUGUGGACAUCAAGAAGGUCUGGUCUGACAUCAUCUCCUUGGUGAUCAAGACGGUCAUCGCCCUGACCCCGGAGCUCAAAGUUUUCUACCAGUCAGACAUCCCUACAGGGAGGCCAGGGCCCACCUGCUUCCAGAUUUUAGGCUUUGACAUUCUUCUGAUGAAAAGCCUGAAACCUAUGCUACUUGAAGUGAAUGCAAACCCCAGCAUGCGAAUUGAGCAUGAAUACGAACUCUCUCCAGGGGUGUUUGAAAAUAUUCCCAGCCUGGUGGAUGAGGAGGUGAAGGUGGCCGUGAUCAGAGACACGCUGCGCCUCAUGGACCCUCUGAAGAAGAAAAAGGAGACACAGUCUCAGCAUCCUGAAAAGCCUGUCACUGGGAAGGAAGAUGUGGACUGUGAGAUGACCGGUGACCCCGACUCCAACCCUGAAGCCCACCUGCCCUCGAUUUGCCUCAAGCAGGUGUUCCCCAAGUAUGCCAAGCAGUUCAACUACCUGCGCCUGGUAGACAGGAUGGCUAAUUUGUUUAUCCGGUUCCUGGGAAUCAAGGGGACAAUGAAGUUGGGACCGACUGGCUUUCGGACCUUCAUAAGGAACUGCAAGCUGAGCAGCAGCAGCCUGUCCAUGGCUGCAGUGGACAUCCUCUACAUCGACAUCACAAGGAGGUGGAACUCUGUGACCCUGGACCAGCGGGACUCAGGGAUGUGUCUACAGGCAUUUGUGGAAGCUUUCUUCUUCCUGGCCCAGAGGAAGUUCAAAAUGUUGCCUCUGCAUGAGCAGGUGGCCUCCUUGAUUGACCUGUGUGAAUACCACCUGUCCCUGCUGGACGAAAAGCGCUUGCUGUGCGGCCGGCGCAGGCGCCCCCAAAGCAGUCCUCCCCAGGAGAUGAACGCCAGAACCCAGUCAGCGGCAGGCAGCCUCGCAGCCCGUGUGAUCGGUGCUAACAAGCUGUCUCACUCUAGACACGCUCUGUCCUGAAGACCACCCUGCCCUCCUGGAAGAAGGUGUGCUCUUGCGGGCUCAGUACCCUGGGCUCCCCCGAUCUGUGGGGAGCCACUAGGGUUCCAGCUACAAUGGCCAGGAAUCCUCUGUGUUCUGCAGGGCUCUCGCCUCACAUGGCCAAUUCUUGCCCACCCUCCUCCCGGCACCUCGUGGUGACCCACCCUGCUUGUGAGUCAUCGGUGGAUAUAUGACAUCUGAGAUGUGACAGAUGGCACCUACUGUUCCAGGUUCCUGGGAAGCCCCAACCGGGGCAGUUCUGCUGUGCUUGGGCCCCAGGGGAGCAGAGCAUGGGGAAAAGCAAGGAACUGUGGCUGUGCGGUCACACUUGGGGUCUGCUGGGGCCUCUGCGAGCCUGCCGGUCAGAGCUCAGGAUCUCAGCAGCUCUUUCCACCCACCUGUUCUCUGAGAGAAGCAGAACUAUCAAGAUGGUGGACACCCCAAUCAUGUGCUAUAUGGGUGUACUUAACAGAUUAACCUCACUUAUUUCAUUAACUUGCCUGUUGCAAUGUUUAAUUUAUUACUAUUUAAGAAAUAAUUAAGAAGUAAUGGGUUCUUCAGUCUUCCCGUCCAGCUUCCAGGGGACCCCAGCAAAGGUGGGGUGCUGACCCAAUGGCCAAGCGCCACUGUGUCCCCACCCAGCACUGUGCUGCCAGCCCUGGGUGAGGGGAGGGCUCAGAGGGAGAAUGCAAGGCCCAGUUGAGAGGCAGAGCAAGCAGAAGUGUGUGGAGAGCGUGUGGAGUUCUAGACCAGAGCAAUCAGUGUUCUCGAAUGCUCUGCUGUGGGCAUCCUUGUUGGCCAACCGGGAGCUGUACAGGGCUGUUAAACAGAGCUUUGGCUUAACACUUUUUCUCAAAAUGAGUCUUCCCAAAGUGCUUGCCAGCACGGAGCAGAGAGGAGAUGGGUUCAAGAGGCAUGUGCAGCCGCGCUGAGGUAAUCUAAAGAUGUCAGCAGCAUUCCUGGCGAGAGAUGGCCUCUCUACGCCGCCUGUCAUCUAGAGGUCACAGAGCUGCUCAGUCUGUUGCUCAUGACUUUGGGAGGCUUCAUGCCCUUGAGGAUUUGACUCUAGUGAUGGUUAGGGAAGUCAUUACGGACAAGUUGGCCCCGCCCCAGUACUGUCAGAAUUUCGGGCCACUCUGUUCUGAGUGAACAAUAGGAGACUUCUGCCUCACUUCCAUUGCUCAGCGGCACUAAUAUCCAGACUCACUUUGGUGAACUCACCUUCUGCAAGGUGUGACUGAAAUGAAAGCUAUUCAGAUGGCCCCUUCCCCCUGCAGGGAAGGAGUAGCCCCAGAGAGCCCAGGCAGGCACAGCUGAGCAUGGCAUGCUCUGUGCCCAGCUGUGGCCUAAGUCCCUCUGUAGAGGCCCCUUGAGAGGGCCCAGCCUGCAGACCGGGCUCAGCUUUUCAUCUGUUGGAGGCGGGGCUGCGACCCACCAGCCUAGCCAAAAGGAGCCUACAAGGACACAGGAUUCAGUGGAACUGUUGAAAUGCUGGUCCUACCAGAUGUCCACUCCGUCCGUCCCCCGUCGUCCCUCCCCCCCCCCUCAUGGCAGAACAGGGCCUCCUGGAGCCUCUUGUUCUCCACACAAGCCUCCUGGUGGCGGGGGUGGCGGCUGUGUGUUUCUCCUUAUAUUAUCCCAGGGAACUUUGUCUUCUUAGUUCAGACCUCAGCAAGUCUCUCCCAGAAACAGCCAUGCCUCUGUCCCCAUACCCCUCACCCCCCCCCCAGCUUCUGGAAGGGAGCAAGAACACCAGGGAGCCUUCGAAUCCCUGCUGAAAGUGCCCCAGUCAAGGGCCUUUUGAUCAAGGCCCUCCUCCUCCUCCUCUUCCCUAGGAGCCGCAAGCCCCACAGUCCUGGACUGGACCUCUGGACUCCUAGCACUCUUAGAAUCUGUUGUCAUGAAAACAAUGGGCCAUUUCUUCACUGGCAGGAAGACCCUGGCAGGCCGCUGGUACCUCUACCUGGUCCAGUCAGAUCCCUCUAGCCAACAGAAACAACUUCCUCUUGAGGCUCAGCUCUAGAGCCCUGCUAUAGCUCCCCCCCUCCCCCCCCCACAGAAUGAACAGCUUCUUCCAUAUAUGUCCAGGAACGCAGAAAGGAAAGCCCCUUCACUGACACGCUUAUCUGUGGGAACCCAGCUGUGACUUGAGGGAGAGGCCAGGCCAGCUGCUAAGACCCAGAGGUGCUUGUUUAAGUGACAGGAACUGAGCAGCUGUAGGUGAGGAGACAUGUCCCCUCUCCACAUGCUGUGGAUGCCCUUACAAAUCACAGCUUUCUAAGCUUCACUGAGCUGAUUGGCUGAACAUCCCCAGAUUCCCGAUUGGCUGAUGCCUUCCCCAAGCAUGGCAACUGUCCCAUGAGCCCAUGAGUGGACAAUAGCUUUGCUGAUCCUUGAGUCUCUCCACAGACAGAUUCCAUGGGACCUUCAGCUCAGGUCCUAGGCCUGUUCCUGAGGGGCAUUCCCUCCCCUUCAGCCCUGCACUCCAAGGACUGCUAGGCCGGGUGGCCUUCAACCUGCUCCUCAUGGGUAUCCACCCUGUCCCCCCAUCUAAUGUUACACCACCCAUUCGGAGAGGACAGUCUGUGUGAAUGUGGCUACUUAGGAGUAGAGCUGGAUAGGCAUUUGAAAAACAUUCCAUGCCUUUCUAGAUUAUUCUAGAGACUCCUUUUCUGUGUGAAUGAACAUGUUCUUGGUGCUUCACAGUUCAAAGGUUUCUUUUAAAUUUCUCUUGUCUGAUCCUCCAAGCUACCCAGUGAAAGCAAGGACUGUCAACGGUCCUGACGCCCUCCAAAGCCCAGCUGAGCAGACGUGGCAGCCCAUGUGACAGGAAGCUGCACGUGCCAUCAGAGCAUACCUGGGAAUUCUAGGGACUUGGGGCCUUCCAACUUAUUCUGUUGGGCCCCCAAGGAAGACCCUGGGGCCACGGAGACUAUAAGGACUCCACCCAAAUACGGGUGAUGUCUUCUCUCAGAAUCCUAGGAACGUUAGGAAAGAUGACAAAAAGUUUCCUUGAAUAAUGUUCAUGGAGAUGGAUGAAGCUGAAGCGAGACCCCCACCCCACCCCACUCCUGGCUGCCUUUCAUCUGCACAUAUCUGAAGACAUUCACAGGCUGGAAAAAGGCCCUGCCGCUCCUCAGAUGUCUGGGGUUGGCCUCAUGACUGACAGAGUACUACUCUAAAAUGGUGCAAACACCACACACACACCUUCCUUCCUUGGUUAGGGUCCUUUAUUCCUCAGAGGUAAGUGAGAACUGGGCUGGCUUUAGGUGCCUUCUCUUGAAGCUCAGGACUCAUGAGCUCUCAUCUGGGAGCUGUGUUCCCAGAGGCAGAGAGCUGUCCACACUCCAUGGGGGAAUUUCACCAGUGAGCAAUGUAGCCUGAAACCUACCUAGCCUCCAUUGAUAAUUGUGCCAUCUCCCAUUUCAUUUGAUGAAUGUGAGUGAAAUUUACCCACACACUAUUUCUCACAAAACAGUGCAAUCUUUUUUCUUAUUCUCAGAGACAAACUCUGCAGAAGGCUUUUCAGUUGCCUCCUUUCUUGCUUUCAUUUUAACUAGAAAAAAACAUGCUGCCUCUAUUUACACUUACACAUGCAGACACACACACACACACACACACACACACACACACACACACACACACUGAACCUCAGCAUAAAAUGAUAAAGUCACUAAUAUUUUCCUCAUUUCUGGCUUUUUGUUCCAAGUCUGAUCUGGAGAACGGAGGAACUCACGCUCUUUGUGGCCCUGUUCUCACAAAACCUGCUCACCCAGAAGCCCCUGGGAAACCUUUCCUCCACAAGAAGGGGAAGCAUUUGAACAGACUGUGCCCAGGGCCAUCUCGAGUCCCCCAGGCCUCAGCUGGGCUGCAGAGAUUUUUCCCUGUUUCACAUCAGAACGGAGAAGCCAAAGGAGGCCUGUCUCCUCCGGAGGACCGGGCUUUGGAAGUCUGCCGGGAGUGUGAACUUGCUUGGUCUGGCGCACGGUUGGUGAGUGGCCACGGACCAGUGACGUUCCGCCUUCACACCCAUCCCUCUCUGUGCAUCAGAGAUCAUGUCAAAGUGGACCCAAAGAGCCUGGCGUGAGGCGUGGCACCUGGGAAGUGUCUUCACAAACGUCUGCUGAGGAAGGCAUGGUCUCCAUAGCUGAGAGCCACAGAUGCCGGGAAACCCUGCCCCAGGCCGUGAGCCCUGGCAGGGGAGGCUCCCGGAAGUCUGCUGAGACCUCGGCUCCCCUCCCCCUGCCUCUCCCACCUCUUAAGCCUUUCAAAGUUCUUUAUUAAAUUUUCAUGGCGCAUGUAUUCAAGGCUCUGUUACAGCCUCAGUUGUCUUGGUAACUUCGUAAAAUGCAAUAAUAAAAUGAAGCUGAGGGUCACUAACCACAGGCUUACUGUAUAAACA